AUGCAACUUGGCCGAGAUGUGCCGCGGCAGGAGAGGAAGAGGGAUCGCAGCUUGAUUGACCGCCCCCUCCCUGUCAGCAGGUCGGGGACAGGGACGAAGACAUCUGAAAGAUGCACAACGACCUCGCAAGAUGCCGGCAUCGCAGGUUGCUCAAGGGAGGAGGAAGACGACAAGAAGAAAGAAGGAAGAAAGCAGCAAGAGGAAGCGACAAGACACGAGGCAGACGCAAAGGGGAUUGGAAUGCAGCAUGGCAGAGGGGCUUGCAGAUCGUACUUGAUGGUUGCGACCACCAUGGUGGUGCUGCUUAUGCGGUUCCUUGACGAAGAGGGAGGUCUGACGACGGAGGGCAAGAUGGAGGCCGAGAUGCCUUGUCGCAGCGCGUGCCGCGGGGAGGGAGGAUGCGAGGACGAGGUUUUGAUGCUGCGAAUUGAGGCUCUGGAGUUUUGGAGUUGA